AUGGAAUAUACUGGAAAGUUUAUGAUGUCUCAUACUUUUCAUAAUGUUGAGCAUUCAAAGCCUUUCACUUGGCAUGAGGGAACAAAACAAACGUUUAACGGAAUAGAAUAUCAGAUCUUGUGUUACAAAACAAAUGAAUUAAAAUGGCGGUGUUGUUUGACAAGAUUGGACUAUCUACCUCCGUCACUUGGCAGGAAAAUCGAGUACAAAAUCAGAACAAAGAAUGCUUUUGAGACAGUUGGUACGACAGAUGGAACAAUUCGAGACAAUUCCUGGAUCUCGUUUCUAAAUAAUCCGAAGUAUUUUGUUGAUGGACACUUGACAAUUGAAUGUCAUGUGGAAGUGUAUGAAGCAGAUGAAAAUGGAGUCAGGAAGCCACAGACGGUAAUUAAAAACGAAACAGAAAUCGGAUGUCAUGAUCAGAAAAGUCAACUGGCAAUUGAGGAAAAGGAGCUACAAAUGGCUAUUUCGUUGAGCAAGAAAGAAUUCGAGCGAGCGAUGGCUAAGGAGCAACAGAAGGCUAAGGAGCAACAAAAGAAGAAAGAGACUUUGUCAUGUAAUAUUUGUUUGAUAGAGUAUGGAGAGGAAGGAGACAGAACGCCACGAGUUUUGGAUUGCGGACACACUCUUUGCCUUGGAUGCUGCAAAAGUAUCGCCCGACAGCAUGAAAUUCAGUGUCCAUUUUGUCGAGUCGACACACAGCUUACUGGACGGACAAUCUCCAAUCUCCCGAAGAAUUAUCUGGCUCUCAAAAUACUCAUUUGUGUAAGCAGUCUAACAAUGGAUCUUACUGGAAAGUGUGACGUCCGAGAAUCCGAAGGAAAUGGAUCCUGA